AAAGUCGAAAUUGGAAAUACCCAAAUUUUCUCACCAUCAACUGACCAUUGAAAAUCAAAAAGCAAAUUUUGGAGCUCCAAUUCCAAUGGAGCAAAAUCCAAAGCCCAAAAGCGUUCUUGAUUCACUGGGUGAAGAAAUAGUUAGAAUCGUUAUACCAGUCUCAAUCUGCAUGCUUAUGGUGGUCAUUCUUGUUUCAGUACUAAACACUGAUUCAGAUUCCUCGGGCCCCUCAUUUACAUCUGUAGCCACAAUUGCUUACACUGAGAGCAGCUCAGACUCAACGUGGGACAAAUUGAAAGGUGCCCUUUUGAAUGCUUUGGUCUUUGUUGUGGUUGUUACCGCUGUUACAUUCCUUUUGGUGUUACUUUUCUACUUCAGAUGCACCAAAUUCUUGAAAUACUACAUGGGUUUCUCGUCUUGUCUUGUUUUGGGAUUCAUGGGUGGUGAAAUAUCUUUAUUCUUGAUAUCAAAAUUCAAAAUUCCAAUUGAUUGCAUUACUUUUGCAUUGAGUUUGUUCAAUUUCACUGUUGUUGGGGUUUUGGCUGUGUUUAUGUCAAAGACAGCAAUUAUAGUUACUCAAGGAUAUUUGGUUGUUAUUGGAGUGUUGGUUGCUUAUUGGUUUACAAUGCUGCCUGAAUGGACUACUUGGGUGCUUUUGGUUGCAAUGGCAUUAUAUGACCUUGCUGCUGUUUUGUUGCCUGGUGGGCCCCUAAGGCUACUUGUUGAGCUUGCAAUAUCUAGGGAUGAAGAUAUCCCUGCUUUGGUGUACGAGGCUAGGCCGCUUAUUAAUCAUGAUUCAGUUCCAAGGGGUGCUGUUGUGCAAAGGAGAGUGUGGAGAGAAAGACGGGACAAUGAUUUCGGCUCCAAUGAAAAUUUAGACUCUAGGUCUAACUUGAAUGCAACUGUCAAUUCAAGUUUCGAACCGAAUUCUGGUCUUGAAAGGUUUACGCCAAUCGGCAGUGACGAGAAUGAGAGGAAUGGGGUUGAUGUGGAGGACGGUCAAGUUUUAAGAGCUGAGUCUGAGCUUGCUGCGCCGCUGAUUCAACAUAGGAUAAAUGUCAGAAUGAAUUUACAGGAAGGGUCAAAUGAUGAUUUUGCACUUGAAGGAAUCGGGUUGGGAUCCUCAGGUGCUAUUAAGCUGGGGCUAGGAGACUUCAUAUUCUACAGUGUAUUAGUAGCCAGGGCUGCCAUGUACGAUUUCAUGACAGUUUAUGCAUGCUACCUUACUAUUAUAGCUGGUCUUGGUAUCACUCUGAUGCUUCUUGCAUUUUAUCAGAAAGCUUUGCCUGCUCUUCCUGUGUCCGUUAUGCUAGGUGUCUUGUUUUACUUAUUAACUCGGCUAUUGCUCGAGACAUUUGUUGUACAAUGUUCUAUGAACCUGUUGAUGUUUUAGGAACAUUAUUUCCUCAUUGAUAAUGGAACUACUUUCAAGCAAUAAUAAUUCUUCACUCAUAUCUGUUAUAACA